AUGUACUGGCCCACCACGGUAUCCCGUCAACUCAGUAUACCAUGGCCUACCAACGAAGAGACUAUACGACGUUUGAGGUCGAAUAAGAAAGGCAACUUUUUCGCCAUUCUGACUGAAACCACUUUAUCGGUAUGGGAUGUCCGACCUACUGUACUCCAGCUGGCAUCUAUCAGAACCCCGAAGAACGUCUCAAGAUGGGGAAAUAAUGACGAUGUAUUUUGGUCUCAUGAUGGAAGAGGUAUCAUUGUGCUUACAUCUAACUCUCAUCUCCUCUUUUACACUCUCGUCCCCUCCAACCUCCCCGCUUAUACCCUUCGCACCGAUCCCUCUUUUCCUCCAGGUGACGGACCAGGAGAAGGAGACCCACUCAUGGGUUGGCAACUAGAUUAUCGAGGUGCAGCUUUCGCUAUGGGAUCAUGUACUUCUCUUCUGGUUCAAACUCAUAAUCUCAUGUUAUGUCUUCGACAUCCUCCGGCGAUAUUGACUGUUCCUUAUCCAUUACCUCAGGAGAUGUUGAGUUUGGAAAGUGAUGUACCACCUGUUCCACUUGAUGGUGGGGAAGGGAAGGAUGUACAAAUUUGGGAGUUUGAAGGUUCUGGGGAAUGGAUGAGGAUGGUUGAAAAUUCACUACCCAUUCCACGCGACCUCCACGUCAGCAAGGUUCAAGGAAUGCAAACCAUGUGGAUCAUGACCACAACCGAAGGAAGAGUGUAUGCGCUUCAUCGCCCUUACAGUCGCUCUACUCCAUUCGCGACACCCCAUAACGAAGAUCGACAUGGUUCUAAAUCAUCCGCCACACGUUUCGCUGGCCGGCUUCUCUACCCAUCACCCCGACCAUCGUCCGAAACGUCAAAUCCAUCGCAUAGCAUAGCCGCAUUGGGUCUUUUGCACGCAAGUGACAUGGACGCCGAAGUAGAGGUCACUCCGGAAAACAAAGCCCUGGAGGUCGCCAGCAACGGUCGAUAUGGCUUGAUAGCUGUGGGGUGUGCCAAUGGUAACGUCGAAAUCAUCACCCUCCUUCCUGAACCCCACCCCAUUCGGCAUUCUCAUACACUUGACCUAAAACGAUCUGCCAACCUGCGUACAUCUCCAGGAUUGGUCACUUGCUUGCAGUGGACCUCGGAUGGAUUCUGCCUGGCAGUGGGAUAUCAACAUGCUUGGGCUGUCUGGUCCGUUAGUGGACGACUUGCUGGUUUCGGAGCUCGAGAGAUUGUAGAGGAAACUCGUGUCGGUGUUGAAGAUACCUUCAAUUCCGGCGUCGCAGAUUUGUUCUGGGCACCGGGCAACUUGGAGUUGUUCGUCCGGCCCUCCUCAGAUCAAACGGCGUUAUACUCUAUGCCCUUCGUCAAAAGUGCGACCACUACCCAACAUUCACCUGAUAACACGCGAUAUGCCUUUCUGCAGAUGGACGAUAGGGUGUUGGUUUAUCGAGGUGCUGAUCAGCCCGACAUGAGUGUGAUCAACCCCGAGUCGGACGUAUGGGAGCAUGUCAAGAUACCUAGCGAUUACAUUGCUACAAACUGGCCCAUACGUUACGCCUCUAUUUCUUCCGAUGGGAAAUUCAUUGCUGUGGCUGGUGGUAGAGGUUUGGCUCAUUAUUCUGCUGAUAGUCGAAGGUGGGAGAUCGUCUUCGAAGGAGAACAAGAGUUUCGCUUCGUGGUCCGCGGAGGUCUUCUUUGGUUCCAGCAUGUUCUGAUAGCGGCUGUAGAGGUUGGAAAAGUGCACCAGAUACGUCUCUAUUCUCGAGAGUCCGAUGCUACAGAAGGCAGGGUACUGCAUUCCGCUACUCUGAGAGCUCCCGUACAAGUCAUGUCACUGUUAAACAACUCGCUGCUUGUAUAUACCACAGAUAAUACUUUGUAUCAUUUCCUCAUCAUUCCUUCCAAAGGAAACAUUAGGCUUUAUCUUUGUGGAAGCAUCAGUUUUGAAGGUGUUGUUCAAGUCCCAAGUCGGGUCAAGGCGUUGUCGUGGUUAGUCCCAGAGGCUCAGAGUAAUCUUGGAGAUCCAUCGGAUGAUCUUAUAGUUGCUACCAUCAUCUUCUUGGUGGAUCGCAAGUUGCUGCUUCUCCGACCUCGACGAGCCGCCAACGACGAGGUACGGUACGAUAUGCAAACCUUGGCCGAUUCCAUCGAAUGUUACUGGACGCAUCUCAGUGGAGUGGGCACACUCGAGAACUCCCUCUGGGGAUACGACGGUUCCAGCAUGCGAGUGUGGCUUGAUGCUUUGACCAUCGAGGCGACUCGAGUGGACAUUGACAAGGAUGCUUAUGAGAGCGUGAAGGAAAGUGUCUCCCUUGAUUUGGACUUUUAUCCCUUGUCUAUCCUCAUGGACAAGGGCAUCAUCAUCGGUGUUGACCACGAAACUUCCACUCGAUCACUCCCGUUUUCUUUACACAAACUCGAAACUCGAAGUCGUCUAUUCUUACCCCCUUUUCUGCAGUAUCAUCUCUCCACUCCUCAUUUACCUAACGCUUUGGCUUUCGCGGCAAAUUAUCAAUCCCUCAUCUACUUUACUCAUUCACUAGAAAUCUUACUUCAUACGGUACUCGAAGCGGACCUUUCACCACAAAACAAAUCCACCUUGCUUCAGACUACUGUGGAAUUCCUCGAUCAUUUCACAGAAUCACUAGAGGUCGUAGUGGCUUGCGCGAGAAAGACCGAUCCUCGGAUGUGGGAAAUGUUAUUUGAUGUGGUCGGUAAACCUAGAGAUCUAUUUGAGAAAUGUUUGAAAGCGGGGAAAUUAGAUGUUGCUACGUCGUAUUUGUUGGUAUUACACAAUAUGGAGAUGUUGGAUGAUGCAAAGGACGCAGUCAGAUUAUUACGUUUAGCCAUGACGGCCAAAGAGUACAAGUUGUGUAAAGAUAUUCUCAGAUUCUUACAUUCCAUCGACGAAACCGGUCAUGCGUUGAGGAAAGCCAUUGGAGAAGUCCAAUUACUCGAAUUGGAACCAGCUACACCGCUCAACAUCUCGAAUCCCAGACUUGUACAUCCGCCAUUCACUCCGAUCUUUUCGCCCGCUUCGGAUUUCGAUGAUACGCCAGGACGAGUGACCCUGACCCCUGCCGAUUGA